AUGUCAACCAACAUCACAUGGCACCCAUCGCUCUCGCGCGACGAGCGCAACACAUACCGCAAGCAGAAGGGCUUCACCAUCUGGUUCACCGGACUAUCUGCAUCUGGCAAGUCGACCAUUGCGACAGCACUGGAGCAGCAUCUCCUCCAUCUUGGAUUCGCGGCAUACCGUCUUGAUGGCGACAAUGUCCGAUUCGGACUGAACAAGGACCUUGGGUUCAGCGAGAAGGACCGAAACGAGAACAUUCGAAGAAUUGCUGAGGUCGCAAAGCUCUUCGCUGACUCGUCCACAAUCGCCAUCACAUCCUUCAUCUCUCCCUUCAAGGCCGACCGCAAGCAGGCGCGCGAACUGCACGCUGUAACCACCGGCUCAGACUCUCCCUUGGCUUUUGUCGAGGUCUUCGUUGACUUGCCGCUCGAAGUCGCUGAGGCGCGUGACCCCAAGGGUCUGUACAAGAUGGCAAGGGAAGGCAAGAUCCCGGAAUUCACAGGUAUCAGCUCGCCCUACGAGGCACCUGAGAACGCCGAGAUUCACAUCAGGAGUGACCAGAAGAGUGUUGAGGACAGCGUCAAGGAGAUUGUCGAGUACUUGCAGAGCAAGGGCUUAUUGGAGCUCCAGAAGUAG